UAGACAUUCGUCACGAUGAGGCUCUUUUCUACCCUCUGCAGUCUGGCCCUCGCAGCCUCCUCUCUGGCCCUGCCUACGUCGGAUCAUGUCGUGCAUGAGAGACGGACGACUACCCCAGCCAGGUGGCAAAAGACUCGUCGGGUUACUGGCACUGAGCAUGUGUUGGUCCGGAUCGGAUUGACGCAGAGUAAUCUGGAGAAUGCGUAUGAGUAUUUGAUGAAUGUGUCCGACUCGGUGUCCCCAAACUACGGCAAGUUCUGGACGGCCGACGAGGUCGCCAAUACCUUUGCGCCGUCCAACGAGACCGUCGCCGCGGUGCGCAACUGGCUGGUUGGAGCCGGUGUGGCCGAGUCUCGUCUGGCGCAGACCAAGAACCAGGGCUGGAUUGUCUUCGGCGCGUCGGCCAAGGAGGCGGAAAGUCUGCUUCACACCAAGUACUAUCACUACACCGAUAAGAUUUCUGGCACCAAGGCUAUUGCUGCGGAAGAGUACCGCGUCCCCCAACAUGUCCAACAACAUAUCGACUUCGUCAAGCCCGGCGUGCUGCUGCCCUUGACCUCCAAGGGCCCGUCUGCGAAGCACACCAGCAAGUCCAGACCCCUCGGUAAGACGAGUGUCAAUGCUAGCUCCCUCGCGACCUGCGACGAGGUCAUCACGCCCGCCUGUGUUGCCGCUCUGUACAAGAUUCCCCACGCCAGCGCCAACGUCAGCGCCAACAACUCGCUGGGCAUCUUCGAAGAGGGGGACUACUACGCUCAGGAAGAUCUGAACCUCUUCUUCCGCAACUUCACGCCCUACAUUCCCCAAGGCACCCACCCCAAGCCCGCGUUUAUCGAUGGCGCCGAAGCCCCAGUCAACACCAGUGACGCGGGCGCGGAAUCCGACUUGGACUUUCAACUCGCCUAUCCGAUUGUCUAUCCCCAGACCAUCACGCUCUACCAGACGGACGAUCUCAACUACGCCAGUGGCGAAAUCGAGACGGACGGCUUCUUCAACACGUUCCUUGAUGCUGUCGAUGGAUCCUACUGCACGUACUGUGCCUACGGCGAAUGCGGCGACAGUCCGACUCUCGACCCUGUCUAUCCUGACAACUACACCGACGGCUACAAAGGACAGCUAAUGUGUGGUGUUUACAAGCCCACCAACGUGGUCUCCGUGUCCUACGGUGGUCAAGAAUACGACCUGCCUGCUUACUACCAACAACGCCAGUGCAACGAAUUCCUGAAACUCGGCCUCCAAGGCACUUCCAUCCUCUUCGCCUCCGGCGACGACGGUGUAGCCGGUCCUCCAGGCGAUGACAGUGACAACGGAUGUCUCGGCAACGGCACCAUCUUCUCCCCUGCGUUCCCCAAUUCAUGCCCCUACGUGACCAACGUCGGCGCCACCAAGCUCUACCCCAACCACACCAUCGCGGACGGCGAAAGCGCCGUCGUCGACCCCAUCGGCCACCCCUACUCCAUCGCCUUCUCCUCCGGCGGCGGAUUCAGCAACAUCUACCCCAUCCCAGACUACCAAGCCUCCGCCGUGGCCGAGUACUUCACCAAGCACAAUCCCCCGUACCCGUACUACGAAGGGAACGCCAGUUUCGGCCAAAACGGGGGGAUCUAUAACCGUCUCGGUCGGGGGUAUCCGGAUGUUGCUGCCAAUGGGGAUAAUAUUGCGGAGUUUAAUGCGGGAGAGUUUAUCUUGGAGGGUGGGACGAGUGCGAGUACCCCCAUCUUCUCCUCCAUCAUCAACCGUAUCAUCGAGCGACGCAUCGCAGUCGGUAAAGGUCCCUUGGGCUUCUUAAAUCCCGUCCUGUAUCGCCACCCGGGGGCCUUGAAUGAUAUCACGAAUGGGUCGAAUCCGGGAUGUGGCACGGAGGGAUUUUAUACGGCGCCUGGAUGGGAUCCCGUCUCCGGACUCGGAACCCCCAAUUUUCCGAAAUUGUUGGAUGUGUUUUUGAAUUUGCCUUGAUAGGAUUAUGGGGGAGGGACAGGGAGGGGUGUGACGCGAGAUAGCUUAGUGAUGAGAAAUAUGAGACAUGGGUUAGAUACCCCCGCUCUUCGACAUUCCUGUCUGCAGGUGGUGCAUGCGGAGUCCGUCGGGGUCCGUCGGGGAUAGAUAGGCGUGGCUUAUCUGUGAUGACUGCUAGGGUUGAUUUAGAGCAAUUGCCUGAUUUAGGUAGUAAGGUCUAUGAUCGGAAGUGGUAAAUGGAUAGAUACUACGGAGUAUCUAGU